AUGAGUGUGCACAAGAAAAUUGCUUUCGAUCAUUCAACUGUUAAACUGUUAAAAAACACUAUCGCUACGAACAUUCAAAUGGUAAUGAAAAAAAAAACUAUUCCUACUAAGCAUGAAAAUAAAAGUUCCAGCUGUUCAAAAAAUGAAAUUAUUGAAAAUGAUAAUACAAAUAAUAAAUGUGACGCAUCCACACCUGACAAUAAUUAUUAUGAAGCACCCUCGGAAGUGCCAUCAACUUCUAAAAUUAAUGAAAACUUUGAUAAUAGUAAUAAUGCUGACUUUGUUGUAAAAAAUAUAUCUAGGCUUUACAAUCAUUCAUCUUUACCACGAAAUUUGAUACAAACAAUAAUUGAUAACAGCCAGGAGCUUGUUGAAGAUAUAUUUAACGUUGUAUGCAAUAGAUUAUCAAGUAAUCAAAAUUUUGCUGGAAAAAUUAUAGUGGCUGAUGAAUUUUCAAAGAUAAAUGAAAAAUUUCAAAUGCUUAAAACUGAACACAUGAGAUUUAAAUAUUUUAAAAAUUCAGAAACUUUUCUCAGGCCAAAAUCAUUUUAUAUUGGCACUCGGACCACACUGUCAAAUAUUAGUUCAACAGAAGCUCUUGAAGUUAUUAUCAAAAACGCAGAAGUGAAAAAGAUAUGCCUUAAAACAAAACUCAAACAUUUUUUAGAAUUACCGAAUGUUUAUUCAAAUAUUUUGUUAUUUAUUGAGAAGGAAACUGCAACUCCAGAAGUUUUAAGUAGUGUUUAUCAAGGAGCUUUAUGGAACAAAAUGAAAGCAAAGUUUGGUACCAGAACAGUUUUCCCAUUCUCCUUGUUUUUGAUUGAUGAUUUUGAGCCAUGUAAUUCUUUAGGAUCCAGGGCGGGAUUAUAUAAAGUAGGCGCUGUUUAUAUAUCUCUAGCUUGUAUUCCUCCUGAACAGGCUUCAUCAUUAGAAAAUAUAUUUCUUUCACAGCUCUUCUAUUCGAAUGACAGGUCUACUUAUGGCAAUGAAAAUUUUUUUUCGACACUUAUAUAUGAGCUAAGUCGUGGAGUUAAAGAAGUUUGUGUUUGGAACAAAUUACCCAAUUUUGACGUUACUCAGAAUAUAUAUGUAGAUUUGAUGCAUGAUUUACUAGAAGGUGUCCUUCGCUACGAUAUAGCACUAAUAAUUAACGAUUUGAUUAACAAAAAAAUUUUCACUUUGGAGAAUCUUAAUGAAAGAAUAAAAUUCUUUCAAUUUUCUAAAUGUAACGUUGGUAAUCCAAUGCCUCAAAUUAAGAUGACCCAUUUAAAAAAUAAAUGUAUAGUAAUUUCUGCUGCUGAAAUGCUGUCUUUGACAACUUAUUUUGGAGUUCUCAUUGGCGACUUAGUUCCCAGUGAGGAACCAACUUGGAAAUUUUAUGUAAAAAUUUUCGAAAUGAUGGAAAUUUUACUAAGUCGAUAUUUUACAAAAGUGAAGCUUCAAUAUCUAGGUGUUCUUAUUGAAGAACACCACAAUUCAUUUUUGGAAAUAUUUAAUGAAUAA